CAGGGUUCAGGAAUCAUUAAUGUAAGUUUGGAUUUUUAAUUGUGUUUGGAAUUCUUAUCAGCACAUACAGACUUUUGUGCUAGUUGAGAGCAUUAGGACCCUGCAGGCACUGGGAGGAAAAUCACAUGGGCGGAAGGGAAGCAAUCUUUGAAUACCUGCAUGGAGGAGAUUGAGACUGAUGGUAUUUUAUACAACGUGGGAUUUUUCCAAACUCAAAUUUCUGAAGAACUGCUUUCUAAAUUGGCACAGGAAUGUCUGCUCUUUUAAAAGAGUUGCGUUUCACUGUACCCUGGGGACAAUUAGCAGCUAAAGCCUGGGGUCCUAGUGAUGGUCGUCCUGUGCUUUGCCUGCAUGGCUGGUUGGACAAUGCUAACACAUUUGACAGAUUGAUUCCUUUACUUCCCAAUGAUCAUCAUUUUGUGGCCUUAGAUUUCUCAGGACAUGGGCUGUCAUCCCAUAUGCCUGAGGGGGUGAGAUACCAACACGUUGACUAUGUGUCGGAUGUACACAGAGUGGUAACACAAUUGGGUUGGCGACAAUUCUCAAUAAUGGGACACAGUAUGGGUGGAGUUGUUGGUGGAUUAUUUGCUUCUGUUUUUCCUAAGUUGGUCAAGAAUCUCAUAUUGCUGGAUUCUUAUGGAUUCUUCCCAGUUAAUGCGGACAUGAUCCAGACUCACCUGAAAAAGAUAAUAAGCUAUUACUCUCGUUUAGAGGGUGUGAGCGCUGGCAAAAUAUACUCCCCGGAAGGCGCUCUGCAGAGGUUGUUGGAAGCAAAUGUCAGUCUGACGCAGGAAACUGCAAAGUUGCUGUUGGAACGUGGCACUAAGACUGUGGAAGGGGGUGUGGUCUUCAGCCGUGACAUCAGGGUAACUGUGAACAAUUCAUUGCCUCUCUCCACAGAGCAGUGUGUUCUCAUGCUGAGCAAAAUUCAGGCGGAUGUACACAUUAUCAUGGCCAACGAGGGGCUCACAGCUGACAUGAUGCGAGGGGUUUAUACGGAUGUGGGACAAGCCUUAUUGAAAGGAUUCAGAGAGAGUCUAAAGGAGCGUUGCCAGGUUACAGUUGUGGAUGGAAACCACUUUGUUCAUCUGAAUGAGCCUGAAAAGGUGGCUGGUAUCAUCAAUGACUUUCUACAUGCAAGGUCAUAUCUUCACUGCAAUCUGUAAGAGCCUCAGAGAUACAACAGCCUUUCUCAUUUACCUGCAAAGCCAAAAUAGCAUCCACCUGUCAAACGCAGACAUGGUGAUCCUAGAGGGCCAUACCCAUAGCGGUGGAGCUAGAAAUUGCAGACUAUGAAGGACAAGAAGAAAAUAAUAAAACUCUAUGUAGGACACUGGCACUUAUAUCUGGACACAUUUUUCUCAAGGGAACUGUAGAAUGCUGGGAAAGUCAUUUGCAGGACCUUUGCAGUCGAACAACAUGCAGUAUGAAAGCCAUUUGUGUAAUACAAACAUACGUGUGGAGAAGGAUUUGGUUUCAACCAGAGCAGGCAGAUGCUUUGGAGUAAAUGGACUACACUUCUACCAGCACAGCAAGAAAAUGUACCACUAAAUAUUUGUUCUGUUAGACUAUUUUUAAAAUACACUUAAUGGUAAAAGUUA